AUGAAUGUUACUUAUAUAGAGUUUAAAUAUUUAGACUCAAAGAGACAUAAUUCAGAGAAGAGACAGGGUCUCGAGGAAGCUAAGCUUCAAGUCCUUGACUUAUCUCAGAUUGAUCGACUGAUAGAUGGCUCUGUCAUAGAUAACUCAUCAGUAAAGUCAACACAUCCAA